CAUCCCCUUCUUCACAGGAUGUCAAGCCUCCACUGGUCUCUUUCUCUUGCUGGGCUCUGCCACCUAAUGAGAAAAGAGAUGGCUAUAAGUAGGCUGGCAGAAACAAGUGACAGAACUAGACUGGUCAACUAGCCAACAAAGAUAUUCCAGAUGAUGCACGCUUGACCUGCCAUCUUCCUAUACCCCCAUCUCCUGCAACUCAUCAUGGAUAUUGUGUUCACCUCCUCUGUUCCCACUGUGUGUCAGUACUCUGCAGACUUGAACAUAUCCUUUCCCUUUCCCCAUGAUCCAAGUCUAAACUCUACAGCUUCUUCUCCUCUCAGCCCACCAAGCUAUGCAAUAUCUUACUUUACCAUGACCCUUGGAGCCCUCUCAAACUUAACAGCGCUAGUCAUCCUUUCCAAAUCAUACACUCGCUUCCACCGCCGAGCUAAAACACCUUUUUUGUUAUUAGCAGUGGCUCUGCUCCUGACUGACCUGGCCGGUCAUUUGCUUACAGGGUCUUUUGGUCUGUACCUGCAUCUGGGAAGGGUUAGAAGGCAAAGGGCCACAGCCAGAGCCAUUGACCCCCCACAAGCCUUCUGCAAAAUGUUUGGAGCCUUUAUGGUAUUCUUCGGUCUGACUCCUUUGCUCCUGGGGUGUGCCAUGGCAGUGGAACGUUGCAGGGGCAUCACCCAGUCCCUUCAGCACUCUGCCGUUGUCACCACAGCUCAUGUGCGGCUUUGCUUACUCCUGCUCUUCACCGUGGCCUGUACCUUUGCAGCACUCCCCCUCCUGGGCGUGGGCAGCUACAAACUCCAGUUUCCUGGCACCUGGUGUUUCCUCCCUGUGCGGGGUUCACUCUCCACUGCGGAUGUGAGUUUAGCCUUGGCUUUCUCAGGCUUGGGCCUGGUCGCGCUGGCAGUCUCUGUAUUUUGUAAUACUGUGAGUGGGCUGACAUUGCUGCAGGCCAGGUGUAGCAACCAAGAUCUAAAGCAGACUACUUCCAGGAGACAUAGAUCAUCCUCUCCUCUUCAGUCACUGGACAUGGAGAUGAUGGCGCAGCUUGCGGUUAUAAAUGUGGUGUCCUGUGUCUGCUGGAGUCCCUUUCUUAUUUACAUUACCAUAUCAGUGAGACAGUUCUUCAAAGGCCAUUUCAGAUCAGAUGAGGAGUAUGACAAGCCACUACUGCUGGCCUUGAGGAUGGCCUCCUGGAACCAGAUCCUGGACCCAUGGGUCUACAUCCUCCUGAGGCGGGCUGUGCUGUGCCGAGUGUGCAGUCUGCUCCAGCCCAAAAGAGCUAUUUUAAGCCAGAACAACUCCUGCAUAGGCUUGGAAAGACAGGAAAUCCGGCUACACUGACAUCUGUGCUCACAAAGUAGAGCAAAAGACAGUCAAUAGUAAGAAGGCACCAUUAACAUGUCUGAAAUGUAUAUUAAAUCAGCCAUAGGAAUCAUAGAAUGUAUGCAGUGGAGCCCAACCCCCUACAGAGUUUACUUUGAACCUGGAGUUGACCCUUACAACUGGAUGCCCAGAAAACCUUGAAUACGAUGUGAUAGGAAUAAAGCCUCAGAUUCAGAGAA